UUCUUCCCAAAUGGUUAUGCUUUUGCCACGGGAUCUGAUGAUGCUACAUGCCGACUUUUUGACGUACGUGCAGACCAGGAGUUGGCCAUGUACUCUCAUGACAACAUAAUCUGUGGCAUCACCUCCGUGGCCUUUUCCAAGAGUGGCCGACUUCUAAUGGCGGGUUAUGACGACUUUAACUGUAAUGUAUGGGAUGCAAUGAAGGCCGAACGAGCAGGUGUUCUUGCUGGACAUGACAACAGAGUCAGUUGUCUGGGUGUAACUGAAGAUGGAAUGGCAGUUGCCACUGGAUCAUGGGACAGCUUUUUAAAUAUCUGGAACUAAUGAUCUCGGCUCAUGUGCUACUCCACAAACUAA